AUGAGGGGCAGAGCAUUUAUUGUUCGAACUCGGAUAGCAAGAAGAACAACGAGUGUAUUAUUUGUUUUGCUAACGCGAAUGAUGUCAUUCUGCUGCCCUGUCGCCAUAAGUUGGUGUGUCGGCUGUGCGUCUGCAUGAUCAAGCGAUGUCCGCUCUGUCGCGUCCCUAUUAAUUACUACCUCACUGAAGGGCAGGAGCAAGAGCUCAGUCACGCGUAUAACAAUUCGGAAGCCCUUCUCUAGAAUAGCUGUACAUUACA